AUGAGAAAGGAAAUUGAGAGAGUUCGAUUGCUGCAGAUUUUUCCGCUUUUCCAAAGCUUUUUUCAGAAGUACCAUCACAAAAUGAGAACGAUAUCAAUAGAGGAAAGCGACGGAGAGGACGAGUCAAUAUUCCCGGAAGAAGAAGAAACGGGCGGAAAGUUGAAAAUGGCGGUGGCGGCAACGAAUAAACGGAAGAGAAGGGCGUACGCACGCAAAGUUUAUGCACUUCUGACGAUCGUUUUUGCCGUUUACGCAAUCGGUAUGAGAAUCGGAACGGGUGGGAAAACAUGGCUGUUUGGACUGCGGGAAAGUGGAUAAAGCGCCGAAAAAGUUUGUCGGUUUUCCAACUAUUGGACUGGAAAUUGUUGAGUUUCAAUCAAUGUUUGACUUUUAGCACAGUUCGAGUUCUGAAAAAUCACAUAUCCCAACUAUUUCAAACUGAAAUUUUCUGUUUUCCAGGAAACAUGGUGCUGUUCAUCACGCCCGGAGUCCGCGAGUUCAUCCAGCAGUACCGGCUCGUCUACAUCUUCGCUCCUCUUCCCAUCGUAUCACGUCUUCUGAUCUCAUCCGCUCAAUUCCAUCCCCUUCUUCUAAUUCCUUCAUUUCUCCUCCAUCUCCUUGCCAUUUUCCUCUCCGCCACUUCGAUUUCUCUCACUUUCGACACCGAACUCUUCUACUUUUCCUGUUUUACCAUCUUCCUCAAUUUGACCCAUCUAGUACUAUACACUCUCCAAAACUGUUGCUCGCUGAGCUCCUUGCCCAAAACGCUCGCGUUUCUGGCUGUCUCCUCGUCGGCCAACGCGUUUUUCCUCCAAAUUCUACUCGGUAUCUUUGAUUUUCCGUUCUUCGCCACCAUCUCCAUUUCUACACUCGUUUCCAUGUACCUUCACCACAACGUGUAUCAUUUUCAGAGCCAUUUGAGCUCCUCCGACUGGCUUAUGGCCGUUUUGAACGUUUUUAGCCGCAUUCCUGCAUGAUUUUUCAACCGUGAUACUAGAACUGACUCUGACCCGGUCCAUGAAGACUUUAUUGCCUUUUCUUGGGAUUUUCUUGUAUUUGAAGGUUUUUCGAACCAAUUUUCGCUUUCUGAAUCUGGUUCAGCCUGAAAUUGCGCUGACUUUCCAGUGAUUUUGAUUCAUAUGCGCCGUGUCCCUUUCCAAAAUCGCUUUUUCGCCUCGUACAUCACCCGAAAAAACUAUUAUGAAAUCAUCGGAGUGCCCCCGACGGCCACGAAACAACAAAUAAGAGACGCGUUUUUAGCCAAGACGAAGCAGGUAAAUCUUCAGAAUUUCCAAAAUUUCUUAUCAGAGCGCACUUUCAGCUUCAUCCCGAUCAAUCGCGUAAAACCAAAACGGACAGCCGUGUGGGAUGGGCGACGGGCGCCUCGGAAACCGAGCAGUUCAUGCUCGUCAAGGAAGCGUACGACGUGCUGCGAAGUGAGGAAAAACGGAGGGAGUACGAUGUGGCGAACAGCAGAGAGGGCGGAUUUCUGAUGGAGGUAGGACGGAAAACCGCGCUCUCCCGCCAAACUUGGGAUGGGUGAGGUAGAGCGCGAUUGCCAGACGUUAGAGAUCAUCCGAAAAAAAAAGAAAAAGCUUAGGCGACAAUGAAGACUCAGCAAAUGUCCUCAAGUCGGCGAAUGCACAAAGAGCCGAAUGGAGUGCCGAUGUGAUUCCGGAUGCGCGCAAGAAAGCCAAAAGCACAGUAUACUCGCAUUUCAGGUAAGAUUUCCCGUCCGAAACAGAUUGGGCACGUUCCGUUUUUUUGCAGAAAUCCAGAGGAGGAAUACCUACGAGAGAAGAGGAAAAAUCGGAUGCUCGGAGUGCUCGGCGUCACCGUUAUCGCUCUGGUAGCAGCUAAUAUUCUGUACAUUAGGUAAUCUUUAAGCUUUUUCUCAAACAAAAACCUUACCGUUUCUUCAGAAAACUCCACUCGGAUCGUCUUCUUAAAGACUCAAGGCCUGUUAGUUGACGACGCGUCGCGACGUGUAAGAUUUUUAAUGUUUAGGCUAUAAUAUUCAUUCUCGAAAUAAACUUCUAUCAUUCGCUCAUUUGUGCCCCUGCCAAUCCGGAGUAG